AGGAAGUACCGUGGUGCACGUCCUUCACUUUACACAACGCCACUGUGACCAAAACCUCUUCAAAAUCUUGUGUUUUUAGUGAUACGGCGGUAUUAACAGUGAUUCUCCUGGUUUUGUGGAGUGACAGGAGAAGACAGAAGCUGGAGAGAGAAAGAAGAAAACCCCCGGGAGGUUUUUAAUCCUUCAUUCAGUGAACUCUGGAAGUGAUGUCGGCUCCAAAUUCAGCAGAGAGGAAGGCCUGCUGGGACACCAGGGACCAGCUGUGGAAAUGUCUGGAUUAUAAUGGUGACAACGUUUCAGCCUGCCAGAAGUACCAGAGUGAAUUUGAGGCAAAAUGCCCUGCUCAGUGGGUGAAAUAUUUCACAAAGAGAAGAGUCUACUUGAAAUACAAAGACAAGAUGCAGGAACAAGGCUUCACACCUGCAGAUGGGCCUCAGCAGCCUUCAUAAAUGAGCUGCAGGUGGACUGGCUUUUAGGCUAAUUCACACCAGAGCUGGAGGUGCAGGACUUGGAGAGUGGUUUUUCCAACGUGAUGUGGAUGGAGGACCUGUACUUAAUCCUUAUCCUUAUUUAUUUGUACAGAGACACCAUAUAGAAACAACUUUAAAAUGGCCGCAGGACUAACCAGUGGUGUCAGCUGAUCUGGUCUUUGUUAUAAAAGAUACCAGAGGGACAAAAGAGGAAAAGGAUCUACAUUCAAUUAAUCUACUUCUUGUUGGGUCCCCUGGAAUUAUCCUGUUAGCUUUAUUGACAAACCCUAAAUGUAAUAUUAUAUUACUGAAAAAUGCAGCCCACACAUAUAUCCACACUUACAGUACAUGCACACACUCAGUUAUUUGGUCUGAGUCACUAAUGAGCACUCAACACUGUCCAAGAUUUAUUAACCCACUCUCUGUCUCUUAGCAACCAUUAAAUUAUCUGUCAGAUCA